AUGGCAGAUAUCUCCAAAAAAUUCGAAAAAACAAUCUUCCAGGACCAAUUCCCCCCGGAAGUCGUCCAACCUUUGGCGCAACUCAUCAUGCUCGACGCCAACCACGGCGACAGCAACAUUAUCGACAUGUGCGUUGAAGACCUCCGAAACGGCCGAUAUGUCGGCAAAUCCUGGCGGCGUUUCCUGAUCGAUGUGGGGCCAGAUGUUAACGCUGUAAACCGUAACGUCAUCAGGGUGAUCGUAGCGUACAAGUUCCCAAUUGGUCCCGGUGGAGAUCAACCAUUGGGAGACGAUGUUGAGCCGAAGAUUCAAAUGGUGCAGUUUACGCAUACUGAUGAGGACCAUAGUGGGGGAGCUUGUGCGCUCCUUAAGGCGUUGGCUUGGGAACCAGCCUUGCAGAGACACUUUGUAAACACACAACUCGCGUACCAUCGCCUGCCGCAACAGAACCCGGAGUGGAGUCUGAACUUGGAAAUCACAGCCUCGAAUCAAAGACGAAAGUACCCCUACACGAUUGUAUGUGCUUCCGAGCGGUGGGCCGAUUUCGGGGCAGACCUUAAGGAUGGAGACUAUAACGUCUCUCUCUCGUACAACUUCACGGUCAAUAACCUACGCGUGGCCGAAAGCCCCUCGCCCCGCCUCCUGAUCACCAAAUGGGAUAUAGACACACCGAACGAACUCACCGUCAAAUGCGUGGUGUCCUUGUCCAGGCGCAAGAACGUGGGCAGGACGAACCAGCCAGUCGAGUUCAACAUGCGCAAGGCACACCUAGAGAUGUUCACCGUCACCAGGACCUACGACAUCACGGACGGGGUCAGGGCUGGGCAACGCACUCUGGCGCUGAGCAACAAGCGCAAGGUAAUAUCCAAGAAGAAGAAGGAUGAGGACAAGAAGAAGCCCCGAUACGACCCGGUGACGAGGCAAUUGGUGCCCCCGGGAGAGAAGAAGAGGGCCGACCAGCCGUACCAUCGUAUCGAGGAGGAGCUGGCGAAGAUCCGUCGCGAUCAUGCCAGCCGUAUCCCACCGCUCUUGGAUGCGAAAGUCUCCUCUCCUGUGCAGGGCCAUGUGGAACGCAUGGAACUCGCGACGGUCAAUAUCGUCGGCCCAACAAAAAGAAUCCAUGAAGAGUUCAUCGGUGACUGCGUGCGCGUCGAGUACGACCAGGGUUCCGUGAAGGCCAUUCCCGAUGUGCAGGACGCCCACAGCAAGGACGGCGUCCUCCACAACAUGGCCAGCAUUGUGACCCUCUUUCGGCGCUGGACCAACGUGUUCGGGGCGGUGGUCGCCGGGUCGACACCGCUGCUCAGCAUGAUCUACACCGGCGACGCCCACGACCGAGAGUGCCAGAUCCGCGAUACGAUCCCGCACCACGGCUCGCUCUGCUCCACCUCCGUCGAGUUCUACAACCGCGUCAACGCGCGCGUCUACCUGAUCUGCGCGAAGCAGAACACGCACGGCCUGCCCACCCUGCCAAUCCUGAAGGCCAUCGUCAGCCACACGGCGAAGUUCGGCAACCCCGGCGCCCACCUCUUCUUCUCCAAUCCGGACAGCCUCUGGAACCUCCCGUCCAGCUCCGCACCCAGCGACGGCGCUCCGUCGAACGUCAACCUCCUCCUCUCGGAAGAGUUCAAGCCCGGGGCGAAGUGUCGUGGCACGGUAGGGGGGACGUACAACUACACGUGCUACAUUAUGAAGCAUCGUCUGUCGCAGUGGAGGUGGGACAAGACCUCAGAGGAGAAGAAUGCGGGCAUAAUACUGCUGGGGAACGACAAGAACGGCAAGCUGGUGAUUACGGCGAGUGAGAAAUGGUGGGAUAUAUGGGAUGAGAAGAGGAUCAAUCAGGCGAACCCAGCGGAUGUGGAUCGUCUGGCGUCGUACCGUAAGCUGAGGUAA